UUUAGUUAUUCUACUAACUCCUGUUCACAGAAUAAUACCUUCUCUCUCUCAACUCUGAAUUCCAUAUAGAAAAGAAGAAGUUAACACCAUGGAGAUUGUGGCGGGAGCUUUUGCAGAGGCUUUGCUAGAGGAAGUGUUCGGGAAGAUGCUUUCAAAGGAGGUGCUUGAUUUCAUCCAGGGAAGGAAACUCACUGAGGGUUUGCUGAAGAAGUUGAAGAUCACUUUGUUGUCUGUGAAUGCUGUUCUUGAUGAUGCUGAGGAGAAGCAAAUAAGUAACCAAGAUGUGAAGCAAUGGCUCGAAGAGCUUAAGGAGGCAGUCUAUGAUGCUCAGGAUCUGUUGAACGAGAUUAAGACAGAAGCCUUGAGGUGCAAGGUGGAGGCUGAAUAUGGAAGCAGCACUAGUAAGAUGUUCCGAAAACUCAACAAAAAGCUCUUCUCUCCAUGGUUUUAUGCCAUUGACAAAGCAAUUGACUCCAAGAUAGAAGAAAUCAUUGAGAGACUGGAAUUCAUUGAAAAGAAAAAAGAUGUUCUUAAUUUGAAAGCAGGAGCAAGACGGAGAGCAUCACAAAUAAUACCUUCAACUUCUUUGGUUGACGACUUCACUCCAUAUGGAAGGGAUGAGGACAAAGAAACUAUCAUCAAAUUAUUAUUAGAUGAUGUGACUGAAAAUAAAGUAAGUGUGGUUCCCAUUGUGGGCAUGGGAGGGAUCGGCAAGACCACUCUUGCUCAGCUCGUAUACAACAACGUUAGAGUAAAGCAGCAUUUUGAACUCCACGCGUGGGUUUGUGUUUCAGAAGAGUUUGAUGUUGUUAGAGUGACACAAACAAUUUAUGGCUCAAUGAUCAUGUCACGAACUUGUGAUCUCGUGGACCUAAAUAUGCUUCAGGUUAAGCUCAAGGAAGCUUUGACUGGGAAAAAGUUUCUCUUUGUUCUCGAUGAUGUCUGGAAUGAGAAAUAUUUCGAUUGGGAUGUCUUGAGGCGUCCAUUUGAGUCUGGAGCUCAUGGAAGUAAAAUCAUUGUCACGACGCGCAAUGCAAGCGUUGCGUCUGUAAUGGGUACUCUUCCAACUCACCAUCUGAUGCAAAUAUCCGAAGAAGAUUGUUGGUUGUUAUUUGCAAGACAUGCCUUCAAAAGUGGAAGAGUUGGUGGAAAUCCAAAACUUGAAGUGAUUGGAAGACAGAUUAUUAGAAAGUGUAAAGGCCUUCCUUUAGCUGCAAAAUCACUUGGAGGUAUCUUAAGCUCUGAAUCAAACGUAGAGGAAUGGGAAAAUAUACUGAAGAACGAUAUCUGGCAGUUGUCAGAUAAGGAUAGCAACAUUCUGCCGGCUUUAUGGUUGAGCUACCAUUAUCUGCCUCGGCAUCUUAAGCGUUGUUUUGCCUACUGUUCGAUAUUUCCCAAAGAUUAUGUUUUCACAAAAUCGAAUCUGGUUUUUCUUUGGAUGGCUGAAGGUCUCUUACAAUCCAAAAACAAGAAAACAAUGGAAGAAGUUGGAGAGGACUACUUCAAUGAUUUACUCUCAAGGUCAUUUUUUCAACAUUCACAAGGCGAAUUUGAUCACCAACCAGUUUUCACUAUGCAUGACCUUAUCAAUGACUUAGCGAAGUUCGUAUGUGGAGAUUUUUGUGUGAGGUUGGAGGACAAUGACUCAUUGGACAUUCAGUGUAAGACUCGUCAUUUUUCGUAUAUGAAAACAUAUGGUGAUGGUUUUGAGAAAUUUGAGGCUUUAUAUGAGGCGAAGAAUUUGCGCACCUUCCUACCAUUUUCACUAACGUGUCCAAUUGUCGCAAAGUUUUAUAUGUCAGACAAGAUACUGCACGAUUUAAUUCCAACACUACAAUGUUUAAGAGUUCUAAAUUUAUCAGGCUACAACAUUAGGAAUUUGCCUAAUUCAAUUAGUAACCUGAAACAUCUUAGGCACUUGGACUUGUCUUACACUUUGAUAGGCAAGUUACCUAAUACAACAUGUACUUUGUAUAAUUUGCAAACUUUGUUGUUGUCGUACUGUCGAGGCCUUGUUGAGUUGCCAACCAACUUGGAAAGACUAAUCAACUUGCGGCAUCUUGAUAUCAGAGGAACAAAAUUAGGAAAGAUGCCACCAAAGAUGGGCAAAUUGCAGGAUCUCCAAACAUUGAGUGACUUUGUGUUGGACCAAAAUACUGCAGGGUAUGAUGACAUUGUAGAGUUGAAGGAGCUUCGGUGUCUGCGUGGAACUCUUUGUAUUUCAGGGCUUCAUAACAUUGUCCAUGUCAGGGAUGCUUUGGAGGCCAAUAUGAAGGAGAAGAAGUAUCUAAAUCAACUUGUUUUGAAAUGGGGUGGCGAUACUGAGGAUUCACAAAAAGAUAGAGAAGUCCUCGACAACCUCCAACCUCAUACGAACCUAAAAGAACUGACCAUUGUUUCUUAUGAGGGUACGAGAUUUCCAGGUUGGUUAGUCGAUCGUUCUUACUCAAACCUAGUUUGUCUUCGACUUUUGAAUUGUAAAAAUUGUUACUUCUUGCCACCUCUUGGGAUGCUGCCCUCUCUCAGAGAGCUUGAAAUUAUUGGGUUAAAUGGAGUCGUGUCCAUAGGUGCUGAGUUCUUUGGUAAUGAUGGCAGUGAAAUCCAGCAAUUUCGAUCUCUGCAAGUUUUGAUCUUCGAAAACAUGCGAGAUUGGCAAGAGUGGUCUUAUGUUGGAGGUAAUGAAGAAGGUGGAGCUUUUCCUGAUCUUUGUGAGCUUCGUCUGCGGAAUUGUCCUAAGCUAAGUGGGAGAUUACCUUUGGACUACUUUCCAAAGCUUAAAAGGCUCGUGUUGUGUCGAACUAAUAUAGAAUGUGUCACUCUUUCACAAGAAUCUGAAUGCAGCAAACUCCUAUGCCUCGAGUACCUGUAUAUAUAUUGCCCAAGUUUUGUUUGUUUUCCUGAAGGAGGGCUACAUGCACCAAACUUGACGAAUAUAAAUAUCUGUCGCUGCAAGAAAUUGAGGUCACUACCAGAACAUAUGCACACCCUUCUCCCAUCUCUUCAGUCCAUGGACAUAACAGAAUGUCCAGAACUGGAAUCUUUUCCAGACGGGGGAUUGCCAUCGAAGUUAAAAUCACUGCGGAUUGAGUCUUGCAGAAAACUGAUUGCAAAUCGUAUGCAGUGGGAUCUUGGAAGACUCACCUCUCUCCGAGACUUAAGAGUUGACUUCAAUGAAUGUGGAGAAGUAGAUUCAUUUCCAGAGGAGGGGCUACUGCCAACUACUCUCAGCUCUCUCUCCAUCUCCACUUUUUCGAAUCUUAAGACCAUGGAUGGAAAUGGGUUGACAAACCUCAUCUGUCUUAAAUAUUUGGCAAUUCGGAGAUGCCCUGAGCUCCAGAGCUUGCCAGAGGAAGGGCUGCCCACUUCUCUUUCACUUCUAGAAAUCUUUUAUUGUCCUUUGCUAAAACAACGAUGUCAGAGAGAAAAAGGUGAAGAUUGGCCCAAGAUUGCUCACAUCCGUCACAUAAUGAUCGAUGGAGAACAGAUAUGAUGUGCCAUGUCUGAUCGAUCCUAUUAGCAUUAUCUGGUGCUUGUUCUGCAGUCUCUGCUCAUAAGUUUAAACUGAUAUUUAUUUAGCUGAAGAACUGCAAAACUCAUGUAUGGCUAUAUCUAUACCAGUGCAGCGGUUAUAUCCCCUGCAUAAUCUAUUCAUUCUGAUAUAAAGUAGUACCAGAAAUCGAGUUUCUUAGUAGAUUCAGGGUUUUUGGGAUAUUUGCAAUUUUGGCCAAACCAGAAGCCGCUUCUCUGUCGGUUGUUCCUCAUCCUCCUUUAGAUUGGUGAUGGAAUAUGGCAUUUCUAUCUGGACGUCUUCUGAAGAAAUUAGUUUGUAAAUUGUAAUAUUUCAGUUUUUCAUUGUAUUUAGUUACAAAUUUUCAUUCACCUUUUAAUGCGUUUUGUUUAUCAUCUGUCAUCUGUGCAUGCUUAGUUGGUACAUGUACACUCUGGUCCUUCCUGAUUUAAGCUCUCGUUACUCUAAAUUUUGGUGGUUCACUUCAGUUUGAAUUAGUCUUUUGAACUGUGGUAUGGUAAUUGACUUUUGUGUAGUAUGUGAAUCUUAUUCUAGAAUGAAGCAAUAAUUGUUCUGUACAUAAUUCCA